AUGAACGAGGAGGCUUCGUCCUCUGCCGCGCCACCGCAUCAUGAGAGCCCCGAAGCCGAUAGCAUCGCGAACGUUGACGAAAAUAUCGAAGAUGAGGCUAUACUGCGAUCGAGGGAGGUAGAAAGUGCAUUGUAUAGGAAGAGCACGGGAAAGCGGAAGCGUAUAGCAUUUCUGGAUAGCCUGCUUCGGGAACUGGACAUGUUAAUCUAUCUUCAGCUCAUCACGAUUUACUAUAUGGACUGCUCGUUCUUCUGGCUAUUCAUACGCGGGUGCCUGCAUUUGUUCACCCUUACGCCCCUUCCCGACUUGAUGGUCGUACCACCACGAGAAGAACAGAGGGCAUUUCUACCCCUAAUACUAGCUCCCUAUAUUACCUGUUCGCUCCUACACCUGACCUUUCCGCGACCAUCAGCCGGCGAAGAUACCCGGGGAUAUUUGCAUGGAGGCAUGAUAAUAGAUUUCAUUGGGCAGCAGGGGCCGUCGUCGAAAUUCCAUCUCGCAGCAUUGGAUAUCUCGGUAAUGGUAUUGCAGGUCGUAAUGCUGUCAGUGCAUGUCAAGAGGCGGAACUUGAAGAAACGUCUACCUAAGCCGUCGGGGACAGAAACGACUCCAACCACAGCUCCAGCUACGGAGACAGCAGACCAGCCACGAAAUCCGGAACAGGACGCAGAUGCUGAAGAACGUGGGGUUUUGCGAAGGACGGAUACAUUCUCGGACAUCGGACAAGAGCCUGACGAGGAGGACGAGCUGCUGCCGACCGCGGAGGAUGCCAGCACGAGACCAUCUGCACCAGGCGCAGAUCUUCUUGAUGCACUCAACUCUGGCCAGGUGGUAAUAGCCGACCUGCACGUCCUGGAUACGCUCUGGGAGGAGCACGAAACUUAUUCGGCAAAUUUGACGGCACGGUCGAGCGGCGCAAGCAACACGGCGAGUGCAUCUCUCGGUACGAACUUUAGCGGCGCAUUCGAUACGUUUCGUAUGCGACUCGGGGGUGGUUGA